GCACCUCAAGCAUGUUCGAAGCACGUUUACUUCAUGCAUAUGUAUCAUUCGAACGUGUCUGCUCUGCCGAGAGAUUUUACGACUGAGGUGGCGAUGGCAGACACCAUGUACAGAAAGGUUGAAGGCUACUACCUACACGUUGCGUUUCCAGAUGAAUGUGUGCGUUCAGCCCUGAGGUACGAGCCUCGACCUGGAGAUCUCUUCAUCGUCAGCUACCCGAAGUGCGGAACAACCUGGAUGCAACACAUCGUCUACGGCAUCUUCCACGGUCGUUCGCCGCCGAAGGACGUCCUGACCUAUUACCGAGAGAUGCCCUUCAUAGAAUUCCAAGGAGCGGACUCAGCAAGCGACAUGCCGAGACCAGGAGCCAUCAAGACUCACAUGCCCUUUCAGUUGCAACCUUAUUCGAAGGACGCCAAGUACAUAUACAUCACCAGGAAUCCGUACGACUGCUGCGUCUCCUUCUUUUACCACACCAAGGCCAUGCACGAGUACAGUUUUAAAGACGGUACGUUCGACGAGUUCUUCGAGAUGUUCAUCGAAGGCACUGCCGACUUUGGCGACUACUUCGACCACGUUUUGUCCUGGUACGAACACCGGAACGAUCCCAACGUACUCUUUUUAACAUACGAAGACCUCAAGAAGAAUACCGCUGCGUGGGUGCUCAAGAUCGCCGAUUUCGUCGGGGAGGAAUACGGCAGAAAACUUCGAGAGGAUCAGAGGGCUCUGGAUGCGAUAUUGGACAAAACAAGUUUCCGAAUCAUGCAGCAAGAGGGGAAUGGUUCUUUCAAACAGUUGUACGAGGACAUCAAGACGAUCCCGGAAGGGGAAAGACCCGAGUGGUUCAGUUUUGUGAAAAAGGCUAUGGGUGAGGACGUGUUGCAGAACCCGAUGAACGGCGAUUUUGUGCGCAAGGGAGUUGUUGGCGACUGGAGGAAUCAUUUCUCGGCUGACCAGGUCAAACGCCUCAAGGAGCGCAUCGAGUUCAAGACACGUGGUAAAGACCUCAUGGACUUGUGGAAAGACGCCGACAUUCCAUAAUGUUAACGCUGACUUAGAAUUCUGCCCAUAG